UCCGUUUCGUUUAUGAACUUGGCAGCACUGUUGAAAAUAUUAUGAAAGUAAACAAACAUUUCAAAUAGUCGCUGUUGGUAAACAGUGAAAUUAUAAAAAGUUGAUUGUAUGGCGGAACGUUUAAAGAUCACAUUGAAACAGCCUAAUCCUCUGUUUGAAAAAUGGCUCGAGAAGUGGUUAGAAGAUGCAGAACGUCGUAAUGCGAAAUCACAGUACAAACUUCGCGAGGCUUUAGUAGCCCUUCGGAGCUAUCCACUUCCAUUGUCUUCAGGAAGGGAAUGUGCUAUCCUUAGGGGUUUUGGUAGCACGCUCUGCAAUCUUAUCGACGAUGAACUUCGUUUGUACCGAGAAAAACAACAGAAUUCGCCUUUAGAAUCUGCUAUGAAGACAUUUGAAUCAGAUGUUAAACAACUUGUGGAAUCAGUCAAAAAAACCAAGCGAAAACAAUCUCCAAAGAAAUUAAAACCGAAAAUCACUAAAAAGGAGCAAAAGGCAAUAGCAGAAGAAGAAGAGCGCCAACGACAAGUCAUUAUGAGUCCUGGGAAUUUUCGUAUUAUAUUACUUGUUGAUACACAAGAAACAAGCGGUAAAAACAAACGUACUUUAGAUCAAACACGUAGUUACUUGGAAAGUUUUGAAGUAUUGUAUGAGGUGCGACGUCUGACAAUUGGCGAUUUUCUUUGGAUUGCUCGUGAUCAAGAAGGUAACGAGCUUGUUCUUCCAUAUAUUGUGGAACGUAAAAGAUUCGAUGACUUGGCCUCAAGUAUACGCGAUGGCCGAUUUCAUGAACAAAAACAUCGUUUACGUCAAUGUGGCAUACAAAACAUUAUAUACUUAGUAGAAGAUUAUGGGGAUAAUGAACAUCUUGGCUUGCCUAUGGAAUCUUUGCAACAAGCAAUUGUAAAUACACAAAUACAUUCGGGAUUCAAAAUUGCUCAUACCCAAAACAACUUUCGUUCCAUGAAGCAUUUGCAAAGUAUAACGAAUACAUUGAUACGUUGUUUUAGAGAAAAGGUCUUACUUAGUACAACCAAAGAAGAGUUGCGGCCUUGUCGUGCUUCAGCAAGUAUGAUAGGGCUAUUGAAAUUUCGUGCUUUGUACGAGGAUUCUGCGCGUGGAGCACAAUUGACAGUGAGAGAAAUAUUUGUACAACAAUUGUUACAGUUACAUUCAUUGUCAUUGGAAAAGGCAUUAGCGAUCGUUGAAGUAUAUCCCACUCCGCGAUUACUAUUUGAUGCUUACGAACUGUGUUCAGAUGAAAGAGACGCUCGUUUGCUGUUGAGCAAAAUUACUUGUGGACCUUUGCAACGACCGUUAGGAGAAAAAAUUAGCCAGACUGUUUAUGAUUUCUAUAAGACUGAAUUUUGAAAAUCAAAUUUACAUGUACUUAAAUAUUUGGGAAGUCAUACCAGUUUUGGUUUCUCGUCGAAGGAUUCGAGGAACACACACAUGCAUACUUGUAUCUCGCUAUAUUUAGUUAUGAUUUGUUGUUUAAUUUUUAUAUGUGAAUAUACUUAGUUAAUUUUAUUGGGAAAA